CCUAAUCUGCGCUUGACGUUUAACGUGGCUAAAAUAGCAGAUUAAUCUUAUUUUAUGUUUAUUUUGAUAAGAAUUCCGUGAUUUUUGCCAAAGACUGUGAUAUGAACACCGCGUUAUGCUAAUUGUCAUUCAGAUGCUUUACCCCGUAGGGUCUUGGAGCCGUUGCAUUUUGCCGAGUGAAUUUACAAUUCGGUGGUGUAGGCCCUGAUAUUAGGAAAAAUGGCUUUAAAGAAAGUAAAAGGCAACAUCGAACGGAUGUUCGAAAAAAACCUCACCGAUUUGGUGCGGGGGAUAAGGAACAAUAAGGAAAAUGAGAGUAAGUAUAUAGCCCAAUGUAUGGAAGACAUAAAACAAGAACUCCGACAAGAUAAUUUGUCCGUUAAAAGCAACGCCAUCGCCAAGCUCACAUAUUUGCAAAUGCUUGGCUAUGACAUAUCUUGGGCUGGAUUUAACAUCAUUGAAGUUAUGAGCUCAAGUAAAUUUACUCUGAAAAGAAUUGGGUAUCUGGCUGCCAGCCAGUCCUUCCACUGCGACUCAGAGUUACUUAUGCUUACCACAAAUAUGAUAAGGAAGGAACUGAACUCUCAGAAUCAGUAUGAAGCAGGUUUGGCUUUGACUUCUCUGAGCUGUUUUAUCAGUACCGAUUUAGCUAGGGACUUAUCAAAUGACAUUUUAACUUUGUUAAGUUCCACAAAACCUUACAUUAGGAAAAAGGCUGUUUUGAUGAUGUAUAAAGUUUUUCUUAAGUAUCCUGAAGCUUUAAGGCCUGCAUUUCCCAGGCUAAAAGAAAAACUGGAGGACCCAGACCCUGGUGUACAAUCUGCUGCAGUCAAUGUUGUUUGCGAAUUAGCCAGAAAAAACCCAAAAAAUUAUUUAAGUUUAGCGCCGGUAUUUUUCAAACUGAUGACUACCAGUACAAAUAAUUGGAUGUUAAUCAAGAUUAUUAAAUUGUUUGGUGCCCUGACGCCUUUAGAACCUAGGCUAGGCAAGAAGUUGAUAGCGCCCCUUACAAACCUGAUACACAGCACAUCCGCCAUGAGCCUACUCUAUGAGUGCGUCAACACUGUCAUCGCAGUUUUAAUUAGCAUAUCUUCGGGCAUGCCUAAUCACGAAGCCAGCAUACAGCUCAGCGUACAGAAGAUGAGAAUUUUAAUUGAGGAUUCUGACCAGAACUUAAAGUAUCUCGGCUUGUUGGCCAUGUCAAAAAUCCUUAAAACUCACCCCAAGAGCGUGCAGGCUCACAAGGAUUUAAUUCUGCAGUGUUUGGAAGACAAAGAUGAGUCUAUUCGAUUGAGAGCGUUGGAUUUGUUAUAUGGAAUGGUUUCCAAAAAGAACUUGAUGGAAAUUGUGAAGAAACUCAUGAUUCACAUGGAUAAAGCCGAGGGCACCACUUAUCGUGAUGAACUGCUCAGUAAAAUUAUUCUCAUUUGCUCCCAGAACAACUACCAGUUCAUAACGAAUUUCGAGUGGUACAUUACCGUGCUGGUGGAGCUUGCCCAGCUGGAGUUUGGAUCAAAACAAGGUCACGUGAUCGCUUCCCAGCUUAUGGACGUCUGUAUCCGGGUGCAGGCGAUCCGGGCAUUUGCUGUCUCUGAGAUGGCUCAGCUCCUGGACGUCUACACCUCCACCUCGCAGUUUACCAUUAUGCAAGAGGUUUUAUAUGCCGCCGCCUGGUUGACGGGAGAAUUUGCCAGCGAAUUGAAGAGUCCCAAGCAAACGCUGAGGUGCAUGUUGAAGUAUAAGAAGCUGCCCCAGCACAUCGAGGUCGUGUUUCUUCACAACAUUCUAAAGUUGUUCGCUCACAUCCUCGCGAAAGAAAAAACUGAGGUUGACCGUGAGUCAGACGACGGCCCGUUGGUGGAGUUGUGCGACCUGGUGCUAGAAAAAAUGAACGAAAGUAUCAAAUCGGCCGAGCUGGAAGUCCAGGAGCGGGCCAGCACCACCUUGGUCAUCGUUAACAUCGUCAAGGAGGAACUUAGUAAGGAAGAGCUGUCUUCGGGGAAAGAAAGUAUAGUCUCUGAGCUGUUGAGCUUCUUCAGCGGCGAACUGAACCCGGUAGCGCCGAAAGCGCAGAAGAAAGUGCCCGUGCCGGAAGGGUUGGACCUGGAUGCCUGGAUCAACGAGCCGAUCGACGAAACCGACUCCGACAGCGAGCCGGAAAACAUGGACACCCUGUUCGUCAAGGUCGACAAGUACGACUAUGGCGAUAAGCUGGACAAGUCCCGCUACGAGCCGACCGAGGAGGAACUGAAAAAAAACCGCGAGGCGCGGAAGUAUGAGCAGCAAAACAAUCCGCACUACCUGAAGAGUACUCACUCGUCCGGUCGGAGCAGCAACGGCAGCGGCGAGAACGACGAGAACGGUGUCCCUGCAGUCGCCGAGCUCAGCCUGAAGGUGCCGCUGAAGGUGGUCGGCGAGAAACGCUCGGACAAGUACCUCGCGUUGCACAAGCAGAAAUCGAAAAAGAAGAGCAAGAAAAAGAAGAAGAAGCACCAUAAGUCGGAGAGUUCGUCGGAGGAUAACGUGACUGAGAGUGUUCAAGUGAAGAGGGACCUGGAGCUGCCCGAGGGAGCCACCCUGUCCGAUUCGGACAGCGACCAUCGCAAGGUUGAUGACCCACAUAGAGCAUUGGACAUCGACCUGGAUUUACCCCCCAUAGGCGCGGCGGAGAAAGAGACUGAUAAAGACGUCGAAGUGAACAAGGAGGAGAAGAAGGAGAAGAAAAAAUUAAAAAAGAAGGAAGAGAAGGGGACCAAGCGCAAGUCGGAAAAGAAGAAAGAGAAGCAGAAGGUGGCCGAUUUGUUGGGUUUCGCGGAGGAGGUGGAGCAAACGGAGGCCAAAGCAAAGAAAGAAAAGAAGAAGAAGUCGAAAGACAAGGAGGGGAAAUCAAAGUCGAAAAAGUCGAGUUCGGGCUAUGAGGAGGCGUUGGGUAUAUCGACACCAAGCAAGGAGUUCAGUUAAUUUUAAGUUGCAAUAACAAUUCUUUAGGCUUGUUACGUAUCUCAUCACUAAUUUUCUUUUCGUUGAUGUUUACCCUAGUUUCAUUUAUCGAAAAUAUACAUACAUUAUUUUUUGAUUUUCUUUUAAAUUUCGUCGCGUAAAGUGCAAUUUUAUCCCUCCAGAAGGCAGAAACCAGA